GGUUCGGAGGCGGGGCAGGUGGGGGCGGGCCCAGGUAGCAGGUUCGGCUGCGCGGGGGCCCGUCCGACUGAGGUAAAUACUGAGGUUGUGGGUGUGGGGCACCGGGCUGGUCCGGGACGCCGGCCGUGAAGCCGGGACCCGGUCGCCGAGCGGAAGCUGAGGCGGGCACUUUGAAUUGCUGUCUUUUUACAGCAUGGACACCAGGUUGCUAAACGCUUGCUUUGGGACUUCCAGUGAGUUCCAUUGUUUGGGUUUUAUGACAGAUUCACUAGUGCUUCCUUCUUGUGAGUGGAUGUUCUGAAGUUACUGCCACAAUGAGUUCAGGCCUCUGGAGCCAAGAGAAAGUUACUUCACCAUACUGGGAAGAACGGAUUUUCUAUUUGCUUCUUCAAGAAUGUAGUGUAACAGACAAACAAACACAGAAGCUCCUAAAAGUGCCCAAAGGGAGCAUAGGACAGUACAUCCAAGACCGCUCUGUGGGGCAUUCGAGAGCUCCUUCUGCAAAAAGCAAGAAAAACCAAAUUGGAUUAAAAAUCUUGGAGCAACCGCAUGCCGUUCUGUUUGUUGAUGAGAAGGAUGUUGUAGAAAUAAAUGAGAAAUUCACAGAGUUACUACUGGCAAUCACCAACUGUGAGGAGAGGCUCAGCCUGUUUAGAAACAGACUCCGACUAAGUAAAGGCCUUCAGGUAGAUGUGGGCAGUCCUGUGAAAGUACAGCUGCGAUCUGGGGAAGAGAAGUUUCCAGGAGUUGUACGCUUCAGAGGACCUUUAUUAGCGGAGAGGACGGUGUCGGGGAUUUUCUUUGGAGUAGAACUGCUGGAAGAAGGCCGUGGCCAAGGCUUCACUGAUGGGGUGUAUCAAGGGAAGCAGCUGUUCCAGUGUGAUGAGGACUGUGGCGUGUUUGUUGCGCUGGACAAGCUGGAACUCAUAGAAGAUGAUGACAAUGGAUUGGAAAGUGAUUUUGCAGGCCCAGGGGAUACAAUGCAGGUUGAACCUCCUCCUUUGGAAAUAAAUUCCAGAGUUUCCUUGAAGGUUGGAGAAAGUAUAGAAUCUGGAACAGUAAUCUUCUGUGAUGUUUUACCAGGAAAAGAGAGUCUAGGAUAUUUUGUUGGUGUGGACAUGGAUAACCCUAUUGGCAACUGGGAUGGAAGAUUUGAUGGAGUACAGCUUUGUAGUUUUGCAAGUGUUGAAAGUACAAUUCUCCUGCACAUCAAUGACAUCAUCCCAGAGAGCAUGACACAAGAAAGGAGGCCUCCCAAACUUGCCUUUAUGUCAAGAGGUGUUGGUGACAAAAGUUCAUCUAGUCAUAAUAAACCAAAGGUUACAGGAUCUACCUCAGACCCUGGAAGUAGAAACAGAUCUGAAUUAUUUUAUAACUUAAAUGGAUCAUCAGUUGACUCACAACAACAAUCCAAAUCUAAAAAUCCAUGGUACAUUGAUGAAGUUGCAGAAGACCCUGCAAAGUCACUUACGGAGAUGUCUCCAGACUUUGGACAUUCGUCACCUCCACCGCAACCUCCUUCCAUGAACUCCUUAUCCAGCGAGAACAGAUUUCACUCUUUACCCUUCAGCCUGACAAAGAUGCCCAAUACUAAUGGCAGCAUGUCUCAUAGUACACUCUCCCUGUCAGUGCAGUCUGUGAUGGGGGAGCUGAACAGCACACCUGUCCAAGAGAGCCCACCCUUGCCCGGCUCUUCUGGCAAUGCACAUGGUCUAGAGGUGGGCUCACUGGCUGAAGUGAAAGAGAACCCCCCGUUCUAUGGGGUUAUCCGUUGGAUUGGCCAGCCACCAGGGCUCAGUGAUGUGCUAGCUGGACUGGAACUGGAAGAUGAAUGCGCAGGCUGUACAGAUGGAACUUUCAGGGGCACGCGCUAUUUCACUUGUGCCCUGAAGAAGGCGCUCUUCGUGAAGCUGAAGAGCUGCAGACCGGACUCUAGGUUUGCCUCCUUGCAGCCUGUUUCCAAUCAGAUUGAAAGGUGUAACUCUUUAGCAUUUGGAGGCUACUUAAGUGAAGUAGUAGAAGAAAAUACUCCACCAAAAAUGGAAAAGGAAGGGUUGGAGAUAAUGAUUGGGAAAAAGAAAGGCAUCCAGGGCCACUACAAUUCUUGUUACUUAGACUCAACUUUAUUUUGCUUAUUUGCUUUUAGUUCUGCGCUGGACACUGUGUUACUUAGACCCAAAGAAAAGAAUGACGUAGAAUAUUAUAGUGAGACUCAAGAGCUACUAAGGACAGAGAUAGUUAAUCCUCUAAGAAUAUAUGGGUAUGUGUGUGCCACAAAGAUUAUGAAACUGAGGAAGAUUCUUGAAAAAGUUGAGGCUGCAUCAGGAUUUACCUCUGAAGAAAAAGAUCCUGAAGAAUUUCUAAAUAUCCUGUUUCAUGAUAUUUUAAGAGUUGAACCAUUGUUAAAAAUAAGGUCAGCAGGCCAAAAAGUUCAAGACUGUAACUUCUAUCAAAUUUUUAUGGAAAAAAAUGAGAAAGUUGGUGUUCCUACAAUUCAGCAGUUACUAGAAUGGUCUUUUAUCAACAGCAACCUGAAAUUUGCAGAGGCACCAUCAUGCUUGAUUAUCCAGAUGCCUCGGUUUGGAAAAGACUUUAAACUAUUUAAAAAAAUUUUUCCUUCCCUGGAAUUAAAUAUAACAGAUUUACUUGAAGACACUCCUAGGCAGUGCCGCAUCUGUGGAGGACUUGCGAUGUAUGAGUGUAGGGAGUGCUAUGACGACCCUGACAUCUCAGCAGGGAAGAUCAAGCAGUUCUGUAAGACCUGCAGCACUCAGGUUCACCUGCAUCCCAGGAGGCUGAAUCAUACUUAUCACCCAGUCUCACUUCCCAAAGACUUGCCGGACUGGGACUGGAGGCAUGGUUGCAUCCCCUGCCAGAAGAUGGAGCUGUUUGCUGUCCUCUGUAUAGAGACGAGCCACUAUGUCGCUUUUGUGAAGUAUGGGAGGGACGACUCUGCCUGGCUCUUCUUUGACAGCAUGGCCGAUCGAGAUGGUGGCCAGAAUGGCUUCAACAUUCCACAGGUGACGCCCUGCCCGGAAGUGGGGGAAUACUUGAAGAUGUCUCUGGAGGACCUACACUCUUUGGACUCCAGAAGAAUUCAAGGCUGUGCGCGCAGACUUCUUUGUGAUGCAUACAUGUGCAUGUACCAGAGUCCAACCAUGAGCUUGUACAAAUAACCCGGCCGUCUGAAAUGGGCAGAGAUGAGCACGCAGCUUAGCGCUGCUUUCCUCCAGCUGGCAUUCUGCAGGCGCCCAUUGCCGGCAAUGGGUGUCAUUUGUGAUGAUGGCCCUUCAGCAAAGGAUUCCUGUGUUUCCAAACAAAUUGCUUUUGUGUUCCUGAAGUAUUUAAUAAGAAGCAUUUUGCACUCUAGGAAGUAUGUUUGUGUUGGUUUUUUAAGAAAUCUAAAUGAAGUUAUUAAUACCUGAAACUUUAAGUUAACUGCAUUGAUGAUAUGAUAUUUUUGGAAGCAUAAAAUUUUAAUUGUGAUGUUUAAAACCUCUUUUAGUCCAAUGAGGAUGUAAAUAAAUAUUUCUUCUUAUGGACCAAGGAUAUGAAAUCAUCUUUCUUUUGUAGCUAAUAAUUGCCUUGAAGAAGAAAUAAUACAGUUUUAUUAAGAGUCUACCUUUAUCCAAUUGUUGAAGGUGUGCUGAGUUUAAUUGUUAAUUUUUCCUGUAUAAUGCUGAUCUCCUGCAUGUGUGUACUUUGCCAAGUUUCUGUGUUCCUGCAGCAGUGGUCAGAACAUGCUGAAAUUCCUUUUGUGGUGUUAUUUUCUAUUUUCUGGUUUUGAGAUAAAUGAGUGACUGUCAUAAAAUGUCCAUUUUUGAUGUCUUCUUGGAGGAUUAGGGUACAAAGCAGUCGAAGCAUCUCAGUCAUAAACAGGUGUUCUGCAGGGGCUCAUAAGUGUGGAAUGAGGUUCGGUGAUUUAUGAAAUGACUAGAGUGAUAAG